UGGAUCAUUGUACCAUGCUGUCACUGUCAAAUACUCUAAUAUUUUAUUUUAACAACUUGUCAAGUUGACAUUUGUGUUAAUUCUGCCUUCUAUUCAAAUUAAAUUUUAGAUUUUUACCAUACCUAUUUACUAAAAAAAGACAAAUUUAAUUAUGUAAAAUAGUUUUAAAAUAAGGCUCAUCGCCAGUAUUUUUAGGUUUAAAACUUCACAUGAUGCGAAUAGAGACCGCAUCUAUCACCUAAAAAUGAAUGUUUUUUAUAUGCAACGAUGUUUCAAAAUUCUCCUAUGUGUGGCUAUAGUAACAAUUGUGAUAAUUUUCCUCCAAAGCCAGUACAUACCAAUAAAAGUCUACAGGCUAUUUUACCCAAAAGAUGGUAUAAACUGUUAUAGGAUACAAAUGCCCUCUCUUCCCGAAAUAACUGAAAUAUCCCCUAGAAAAGGAAAAUCAAUCUUCUUCCACGAAACAUCAUGUAGAUCGUUUUUCAAUGAUAAGAUUUCAAUUACUGCUCGUCAAGCGUGUGCUGUAGAAAGUGCAGCUAGAAUAAAUCCAAAUUAUGAUGUAUAUUUACUGUUCACUUCACCGGGAGUGUUGAAAUAUGAAGGAGAUGAGUCUGAUCGUAUUUUAAUGGCUUUGCUGAGAUAUAAUAAUCUUAAACUGUUACAUUUAGACUAUGAAAAGUAUACCAAAGGUACUCCUCUUGAAGAAUUGUACAGUUCUGGAAAAGUGGACAAUUCCUAUUGGGCACAGUCUCAUGCCAGUGAUGUACUAAGGUACUUAACAUUAUGGAAAUAUGGUGGAAUAUAUCUAGAUUUAGAUGUAAUAGUUACUAACAGUUUGGAAGAUAUUCCACCUAAUUACGCAGGAAUUGAAUCAGAUAAAAACGUAGCUGCUGGAGUAUUGAGCUUUGAUGCUGAAGGAAAGGGCCACACUAUGGCAGAGAGCUGUGUAAAUGACUUGAAACAUAAUUUUAAUGGCCAGGAUUGGGGAAAUAAUGGCCCUGGAGUGAUAACUAGGUUACUUAAAUCUCUCUGCGGAGUGAAACUUGCAAAAGAAAUGGUAAAUAAAGACUGUGGGGGCUUUAGAGCCUACCCACCAAACUCAUUCUAUCCCGUGCCUUGGCAGAAUUGGAAAAUGUACUUCGAUGAAAAUUCAACAGAGGCUGUGGUUAAUUUAGCUAAAGAUAGCAUCGCUAUUCACGUUUGGAACAAACAUAGCGAGCAAACUAAAUUACCAUUAUCUUCAGAUGCACCCUAUAUACAUUUCGCGAGGAAAUACUGUCCCAAAGUUAUUGCUGCAAUCGACGAAUAUUUUUAAACACACGAACGAAUUUAUAGUUACUGUUUUGGAGGUAUAAUGUCAUAUUUUUAGUUUUUAUACUAUUUUAAAGGAAUUUAUUACAGUAAACUCCACGUUGGUAGACACACGGUUACCGCUAGGCUGAUGGGCUAAUCUGACCCGUUCUCACAUGUAACUUUCAUGUCUGUCAUGUCAUGUGACUGCCAUGUCAUGUAUUUUAUACCUACAGUCGGAAAAAUGAAAGAAUACCCAUGAACGAUCUUAUCAAGCACAUAUUUUGGAUUUGCUGCCUUUUUCUAUAAAUAACAAACGAGAGAGAUAGAUUAUUAAGUGUUGUCUACAAAGCAAAAACGUUAUCCAAGACAUACGCAGUUACAUAUUUAUAAUUGACAGAGUGAGACGGCGAUACAAUUGUUCAACGAGGUUAUAUUAAUUUAGUGGAAAAUUUAAACUCACACUUGACUAUUUCUGUACUUCUAAUGUUAUUCUUAGAAAAACAUUCAACGUCAGUAGAGAUAAUGAUUGUAUAAACUACUAUUCGAGUAAUCGUGCUGGUCAACUAUAAUCUGACUGAUUCGAUUUCUGUCACUUUGACAGUGAAACUGGGUUAGGUUCGGUAGAGUUUAUAAAUUUUAAUAAUCAGUCGUAUUUACUUGAAUAAAUUAAGUUCCUUUAAGAGCUAUUUUGAUAUUAUAUUGUAUUUUUGGUUUGGUAAGUAUUUAUUUAAUUAAAAUACGUCAAUAAAAUUUUUAAGUAAUCAUCUGUCAAUAUGGUUAACUUCUGUCUAUGAGUUCGCCAAACGUGUACAUAUUACUCUGACUUUUCAAUCAUAGUGUAUGAAAUUACAGAUUAGUAUAUUUUUACGAAUGUACAUUUAUUUUCAGAUAAUGUCUGGAAAAUGAUUUGGAUACCUUAAUGAUCUGAAUUCAUUAAGUUUACUUUCAUUUUAAUCACUUAAUGCAGCUGACAUAAACCACAUUUUUUAAAUUCCUGUUAAUAUUUACGUCCGGCAACUUUAACAUGGAGAAAUUCAUAAUACUAUAUUUGCUUACUCAUUAUUUUUGUAUUAUUAAUCUAUAUCAAAUAAUGAAUUACGGUAGUAAUAGUAACAUUUAUCACCAAUAAAUAUGUAUUAUCAGAAAAAGAAUAACAUCACAAAAAUUUAUUGACACAUUAUUACGUAGCGAAAAUUCGUACGGUGGGGUAGUAGUCACAUCCGUUUAUUUUCAGUAUUAACUGGUAUUGACUUAGUUUAGACUUUGUUUUGACUAGAAAUUUUUGAUUUGAUUCGUAUGCAUAUCAUCGAUGACGCAUGGGUAUUCUUUCAUUUUUCCGACUGUAACUUUUAUAACUUUAACACAUGACUACAAUAACAAUGACAACUAUAAACUUCAAAUACAAAUUUUCUAUAAACUGUCAACUCUCUAUGUUUAUAAACAUUUUCUCACGUUCUAGACGUCACUAGACAUUUCUAGGUUAUUCGAUGACAUCUCGAAUAUUAUCCAAUCCGUUUUUUUACAUCAAGGGGCUUUUUCUAUGUAGGAACAAUGUGUUUACUUCUUGGCAUAAAAGUAAACAGUGCAACAAGUGAAGAGUUCAGGACUAUAUCAGCUCAAUGUGUCUGUGUGUCUACUAGUGUGGCGGUUACUGUAGUAUUUGUGCUUGGUUUCAGAAAGUUACUUUAAUUCAACAAUUAACUUUUAUGGCUACUAGGUUAUUUCAAAUACAUCCUUGAAUAAGUUUGAAUACGAGAGCGGAUCAAUAAGUCUGUGACUUUUUGAAUUAAACACAGGUUUUGAUAUAAAAAAUUAUUUUGUUUUUCAGCAUAUUCUCGUUUGAGUUCUAUACACUUAGUUAAACGUUUCUCCAAUUUUUUAUCCCUACCGAAAAAUAGGAUUUGUCGAAGUCAUCAAAACAGACAUUUGUUUGUGAGAUGAUUUCGUUGUUGGAGUCGAACCCCUUUCUGACGAACCAUUUCUUUAAGUUUAGGAGCAAGAAAUAGUCACUCGUGGCUAAAUCUGGAGAAUGGGGCGGAUGAGGUUCCAAUUCGUAGCCUAAUUCAUAGAUUUUUGCCAUGGAAACUGCACAUGUGUACAGCCUUGCAUUAUUGUGGUGGAAAAAAACUUUUUCUUGGCCAAAUGCGGUCGUUAUUUUUCAAUUCCUCAUUGAAUCGACCCAAUAAGUUUUCCUCUUUUGAAGGUAGUCAAUGUGGAUUAUACCGCAUGCAUCCCAAAAAACGGUCGCCACAACUUUAUUGGCUGACAAACCCACCUUUUCCUUCUUUGGAGGCGAUUCACCCCGAGAAACCCACUGUUUUGACUGAUGUUUGGUCUCCGGUGCAUUGUAGUGGAUUCACGGUUAGAAAACCGCGAAAAAACUUAUGUAUAUUGCGUCUGAACAACGCCAAAGAUUCCUGAGAAAUUGUCACACGGUUGCGUUUAUGGUUGAUUGUAAACUAGGACUGCACCCAUCUUACAGAAAGCUUUCUGAUUCCUAAGUGAUCAUUCAAAAAUGAAACCACAGCCCUGUGAGAUGCCUAUGGUUUCCACAAUCUCCCUCGGUUUCAAUCUCGGAUUGGCUAAAACCAUAUCGUGAACUUUUUCAACUGUUUCGGAUGUAGAGACAUCAACUGGACGUCCAGAAUGUUCGGCAUCUUCCGUGCUUGUACGGAUACAUCUAAAUUAAGUAAACCACUUCUUUACCAUGGAAAUGGAUGGUGCAGAGUUCCCAUAAUAUUUAUCAAGCUUAGCCUUGGUUUGAGUGAUGGUUUUUUCCGUUGCUUUCAAUGCUUAAUGAGCACACGAAAUUCUGAGCAACACACAAACUUAAAUGAUGCAGGAUGCAGCUUUAGACCGGAGUCAAGUGAGAGUUGUCUGUUGAUCAGUGGCGGAUCCAAGGUGGGUGUCACAGGGGUCAUAACCUCCCAGACGAAAAUAAAUAAAUAUCAAUUCAAUAAUCCUAAAUAAAACCGAGAGCCGUCAAAUAAAAAAAAA